UUUGGGAUUUUUAGUAUGUUGUGGAUGGAAGCAAGAUGGAGGGCACAGGGUGUCGUCCUGGGUUUCUCCUUCAUGCUUCUUCUUGCUCCUUCUUCAUGGGUUUGGUUGGCAUUUUGUAACUGGGCAGAAAAGGCUGCAUUGUGCGCUUUUUGGGAUCAGUUAUUGGGUUAAAAGGAAAAAUAAUCUAGGUGUCAGUUCUUAACUGGGUAGUUUAAUCUUAAAAGACCUUGUAGCAAGAGAUUAUUAGCCAUUUUGUUAGCCUUCUAAUGAAAAGCUGCCGAACUCACAGUAGUGAGACUAUUUUACUGAUAAGAAAUAAUAAACACUUGAGUCUGAACAUGAACUACCAUCUCAAGUGGCUUCAAUCCAGACCCAGAGAAACCGGCAGCUGGUACUGUCACAGUAUGGCCUUCAGACCCAGCCUCAGCUCUUCUGUGGUUUUUCUUAGUAUCAUUGAAAUGCUGCUGAAAAUUAGCUUUUAUAGAUCAUUGUCAUAUUUUGUGAAUGCUUUUCUCCUAGAUUCUGCUAGGAGAAAUGUAAAAUGUUUCCAUUUGCAUUUAAAAAUAUGGCUGUUUUUAUGGUUGACAUGCCUGUCAGAAGUACCAAGAAUAUACUCACAUAUAUCUAAAUCAAGAAAGAUUUUAGGUUCUUGCUCUGUAAAUCAGAACUUUGCUAGCUUUUUUUUUAAAGUCAAAUUUUACCAGUAAGCCAUACCAGCAAAUGUGACUUGGUGGGGUGGAGGCAUGGACUGGCAAUAUUGUCAUUUUCAAGAGCCUUUUGCUUUGCUUCUUAUGGAGUAGAAACACUAAGCAGGUGAUAGCACUGGGCUGCAGGUGUAAUAAUCCUGGUUGACUGGUUGUAGUCAUAAUUUUCCUUUAGUGACCUAGGUGAUUGCAUAGAUGAUGUUCAUGAAAUUUGCAGCAGACAACAAGCUGGGGAGAAUGUAAGUAUGUUGAAGAACAGUAUGGGGUUUCAAAAUCAUUCUGACAACCUGGAAAAAAUAUACCAAGCAAAAUAGAAAUUCUACUACUGCAGAAAAUUCUGCAGAUGUGCAAGAUCGUUUAAUAGGAGUUAGUUUUCAGAAGUGAUCUGUGAGGUUAAGAUACCACAGUUGCUGUUGGAGGGCAGUGCAUAUCUUGUGCUGGAAAGCUGAUAUUUUGAGCUGCAAAGCAUGCAGCAGUAUUCUAUCCCACACAGAACUUAUAAGACCUUUUAUUGGAGUGCUGUGUAUUGAGGUCAGUCAGCUGGAAACAGAUGACAACUCUCAGCUGCUUGGAAAAUUUGACCUAGUAUAUGGAAAAAUAUAUGGGGUUAUUUAUUUUAGAGAAGAGAAGGCUGAGGGAUGUUCCCUGUGUGUGGAACAUCUGCCAUGAGUAGGAGGUAAAAGUGUUUUCUGUGUUAUUGGGGUAUACAGUAAGAUGUAAUGUGUUUAAAUUGGAUCAAGGGCAUUAAUCUCAGACAUGGUUGAAGCAGUAUCUAAACAAUGUAGCAGAGGAAUGUGUACAUGGGAGUGUUGUGAAAUUGCUAUCAGUUUUUAAGAAAGAUGAGACAAACACCUGACUGGAGCAAUAGGAGCAUCAUAGGUAUAAUGGACCUCUCUUGGGGAAGAAUAUAUGACCACCUGACUUUUAUAGCACUCUUUAUAAAUGGUCAUUAUGUCUGUGGGAUUAUUUGCUCAAACUUUCUGCUGAAACUUGAUUCCAUACAUUAAGUAUUUGCUUUGAUGGAAGAAAAUACUGUGUCAUAAUGGACAACAUUAUUCAUUUGUACUUGUCUGUGAUGACAGAAUUCUUUGUGGAAAUGUGUAUAGCAUAAGACAGAUUAAAAAAAAAAAAAGAUGCAAGCUUCAAACUUUUUGAGGGCUUUUUUUUUUUUUUUUUUCUUUUUUUUUUCUUUUUUUUUUUUUUGUGAAAGACUGAUGGUUCUAUUUCAGCUCCUCAUCUCCUCUUAGGGCACUUGCCUACUUGUUUGUUUAAUCACAAAGAGAACCAGAAGGUGAAACUAAAAAAAAAAUAAAAAAUUGAAGCACACAUGGGGUAGCCUUACACAAUUGUUGGGAAGCCUCUUCCGCAGGCAUAUAUGUAUUCAUGUGCAUGAUAAGUUCUUAACAAGGAAUCAGUUAUCAACCAGCCAAAACAGAGCUUGGUAACUUUGUAGGUAUGUAUUGGUUGUUGAUGGAGGGGGGUAAGGUUUUGGGAGAAUCCAGCUGCAGGCUGAACUGUGGAAUCAUGAAUUUUUGCUUUAACUUUUAGAUAUUCAGGUACCAUCAUGAUCUUAAAAAACAGUUCAAUAGAUGUUUUUUAUGUCUUUGAGGUGUUUUAUGUUUUCAUUCUUUUUACGAAAAAAAUACAUAUGGGAAAGUUAAAUGGCAUCAGUUAGCGCUGAAAUGUAGCUUAAAUGAAGACCAGAUUAACAAAUGCUCAUUAAGAGCCUGGGUUUGGGUUAUCCCUGUGUAACAAGGGUCGUGUCUUUAAAAAGAGCAACUGUUUAAACCUUGUGAAAUGUAGAACUCUUCAAAAAGCAGAUCUAUUUUUGCCACUAAUUUUUAAUGCUUUUUUUUCAUGAAAGGCAGAGCAGACUGAGAUCAUAAUUAUUAUUAACAUGUAAUUUCUCAAGUUUUUUACAGUUUUAAUAGUAGUUUAAUGUCUAUUGAUAAGAGACUUUAUUGGUUGAGCUAUUUUUAUUGCUCUCUAAUUUUUGUUUUACUUUUUUUAUUCUUACAGUAUAAGAGUGAAAUAGGUAGGAGAUUGUCCAAAUCUGAAGUAGCUGCUCUGGGAGUUUUCCAUAAAAAAAAAUGGCAAAGGGCAUACUGUGCCAUUGGAUUGAUUUUGUAGGGGAUGUUAUUUUUGAGUUUGCACAGGCAGGUGUGAAAAUGUUGCUGCGUAGUCAAGGGAGAUGGGGUUGGUGGAAUAUGAGGAAGGCUGCCUUAAGAGAUUGCUAACAUCUCUUAACACCUCUUGCUGGUGUCAUCUAUAGUAACAGUUGAGAUGAUAUUUAGACGGAAAAUAGGGAGCUUUUUCUCUCAUUCUUUGGCCACAUACCUUCAUUAUUUUUAUAUGUUUUCUGAGCUCUCAAAGUUGCAGGACCAGUCAGUAUGAGUCCUGCUUUAUCUAAAAUGCAUCUGUUCUAGACACAAGGAGGCUGUCUUCGCUGUAGGGAAAGUUUGAGAAGUACCUAUUGAAACUCACUGUGGAGGAAUGGAAGUGGGUGAGGUUGCAGACAGAUUUUGCCAAAUCUUGUCUGGUGGGUGUUUGAUUCCUUUUGUUUGCCAUGUUUUAGGAUCAGUGGUUUUAGUUAAGAUGUUCAAUGUGGCAACCAGUUGCUGGGUUAACUUAACAGCAGUUCAGUUAUUUCUAAUGUUUAAUUAACAUUGCUAAUAAACACAUUCUUUGGAAUCCAUUCUGUUUUUUAGCAAUACAGACAAUACCAUAACGCUAUCAGCAGAAUACACAACUAAUUUAUAAAAAGUUUUUAAAAUAUAUUUGAGUUUAAUAGAAUGCUUUCUAGAACUGUAAUUUUAAAACAAGUCCCUUGCAGAAUCAUAUAAGUUAGAGCUCUAAAUAGACUGUCAUGUUUUGCAAGACCACCUAGUUUUUUACUGUAUACUUUAGUGACACAUUAAUAAAAUGUGUUAUUAUAAAUUUCUUACUGAUAUCAGAUUUAUGGAUAUGCCUUUAAAUGUCAAUAGGUCCAUGAUGUUAACAGGACUUAGGGCUGUAAGGAGUUGUCUAGUAUGUCUUUCUGCUGUGGCAUACCAAACAGUCAUGCCUGUGCCCUGGGAGCUCAUAGUGCUCUGUGCUGGCAUGUAUUGAACACAGGGAUAUGCAGGUUCUACCAAAAUCUACCCACUGCUCUGCAGUGACAAGGAAUUUAUUUCAGUAUGCCUUGCUGAGCCCAUUGUGCAAACUGGGAUUUUUUUGGGUGCUGGUGAAUGCAGAAACCUUCUGUCAUUGGCAUCCACUUCCUCCCUUCCCCAGGAAAAAACCGACAGGACAGCCCACCUCCUCCUCCUUAUGUAAGCUGACCAAGAUGAAGUAUUCCUUGCAAUUACAAAUUGGGCAAUUAUUGUGAGUUUGAGCAUAUGAGUGAGGCAUACCAGACAGGGAUUGAAGGAAAAUGAUUGCAUUCUCCAUCUGGUAUGGCUUCCUUAGCUGUGACCUAUCUCAAAUACUAAUGGGAAAAGUAGGAAGUAGCCAAACAAUCCUGAAUAAUCUGGCCAGUUAGAUCAAUAUGAAAAAUACUUUCUGGUGCUUUUGGGCAGAUAGCUAAAGCAUGAGGUUUGCUUUAUACACAUUGUGUUGGUCAGUCUCUUGACUUCAGGCAGAGGUAACAAAUGGGAAGAUUCAUAUUUCAGACUUUUUUUGUCUGCAGUUAUAAUAUGCCCAGACAUGCUGUGUUGAAAGACGGUAAAAAGAGAUUGUGUGUGUGUGUUUUUCACACCUUUUCCUCUUGUGCUGUGUUUUGCAUCUCAUUGAUGCCAAGAAGCAGUGUUGCACUUAACUGCAGUAUUGCACUCAACACAGGAUGCAGACAUCAGUCCUGCUAGAAUUUUUUUGUAAACUGUGGUGCUAACAGUGAAGCAGCUGUGUUUGCUGGAAAUGCAUGAAUGUGUGAAUUGGUGUAGUAAACAGAUUAGAUGACAGAAAUUCAGAUUAAAUAAUCUGUUGUUUAAGAACUAUGACAGAAAGGUCAUUAUUCUUUUAGAGAAUUACCCUACUAACCCUAGAAUACCUUUGGAAAGCAUUAGCCAAGAGGCCUGCGGAACCAAAGGAUGCAUUGACUUUGUUAAUUAUAUUAGUGUAAUUGUUGUUAAAUGUUACAGAAUAAUGAAAGCCAGUGGCACCUGCAUUGUUAAUGGUGUUAUUGUGUUAGCAUUAUUUAAGGGGAAAAAACAAGAAUAGUCAAGAUCUGCAGAAGAGAGGGACUUUGAAAGCAUACAACAUUAAUAAAUGUGCUAUGGAAGUAACGUCUCUUUCUGGUUUGUGUUUCAAGGAGAUAAACAUUUCUCUGUGCUUUUCUGGUUUUGCUUGGUUUUAACCAGGUGUCUGAGAUUACUAAACCAGAGAGACCUCAGUAAAGACAUAAAUUAAUAAUUUGAGCCAUGUUUUCCUGCAUCUUGUUUUCUAAAUUUGCUCUUGAACUAGCUAAGAGGAGACCAGGGUUUGCAUUUGCAAAGGAAUACAAUACUUACAGCCGUUCAGUGCUGUGAGUGACUUUUUGUUUGGAAUUCUUUCCACAUGAGACAUUUUCUUUACAGAAGUUGUGUCAGUAUAAUCAACAUCUGCCAGUAUUUUCAGGUUAAUCUACAUUUAGCUUUUGUUGUAACAAUAAUCUUUCUUGCUAACUUUCGCUUCCUUCAUCAACUCUGUGUUGGUGAGAUGAAGUCUAAGCAGUGCAAAAUUAAGAGCAAACAGAUGCUUUGGUCAAGCUUGAAGUAAGCUUUCACUUGCAAGGCUUCAUCUAAUUUAAUUGCUGCAGUUUUUUGCCCCUAGGUGCAUGAAGCAGAUCCUGUUUAUUCGUGCAAAAUCUGUAAAACUGAAACAGUGAGAAAAAACUGAUCUUGUACUUUGGAUUCAUCUCUUUUUUUCAGUAAAUCACGAUUUUCUAAACUUCUGUCUGGAUCAGGCAAAAUGUAUUGAAAAAGAGUUUUCGAAGUCAGACUAGAGCUCAAUCUCAGUUUAGAAUAAUUAACCAUUGAUGUUAUGUGAGGUGCUUGUGUGAGUCACCUCAGCAAGGAUUUACCAUGGUCACAAACUAGCCCUUGGAUGCAAUUGUUUAUGUUUAAGUGCCUACAUGCCACUGCCAGUCCCAUUCAGUUUCCUUUUAGACAACACAACCUGCUGGUUUUGUCAUCCUGCGAGUAAAACGCAUAAAUGCUCAACUGUUGUGUUUCAUGAAGUAGUGUUUAGUAGUGACAGACUAUUUCUUUGCAUGUGGAGGAAAAAACAAACAAAACAAGUGCCUUUGUUGUGAACUUCUGUUCACUUCAGCAGUAAAAUUUGCCUUGUGGAAGUAGUGUGUAAAAUUUGUAUUGCAGUCUUGAUGGAAGCAAACCUUCAUCUCCAGAGUUAGGCCUUUUUCCUAGUUUGUUUACAGAAAUAAUUCCAGUGCCAUCCUGAUUCACUGGAGUUGGCUGUCCUCCUCGAGGUGUUCAUGCUGUCUCCUACUAUUUGUGCCUUCAACAAAAAGUUUACAGUUUUAUAGAACAACAAAUAAUGCUUUGGUGCAAGCUACUUGUGCAUGUGCUUACACAGCUAACAGAAUGAAGCACCAAACUAAAGGGUAGUAUCCACAAAGUUAAGCCCUUUGAAUAUCCUUUAAGGCUUAACUAAAACUGUAACAAGUCUGUACACAAUCACAGUUUACCUGUCAAAAUUUUCUUUCUCCAUCAGAAACAGAACUUUCCAGCAACUGAAGUAUUAUGUACAAAAGAUAUUUUUAUCGAAGGAUUUUUAAGGGAGCAGAUCUUGGUUUGAGAGGUGCUGGGCAAUGGGAAUAGGGAGCUGCCUGUUCCUGGCAGCUAGGAGAGAGCCAGGAACCUGUGGCUGUAGUACCCCAUACUCUGCUGCUCUCUUGUUGAAUUUCUGUUCUUAAGUGAUUGUCUCCAAACUCAGUAGUGAAAAAGCAUGGCAGCUUCACCAGAUAGUUUCAGUGUCAGAGUUGUUUGAGUAUUAGACAGUUGAUUCUUGUACUGUAUUUUUCAAGUUUUGGAAUAUCUUCAAAAAUUGAUGUUUUGCUUGUGUUCUGAGUAAAAUUUUAAAAACCUAUCUGAAUGUGCUGUUCAGAGCUGGGCACCUAACUGACCUUUGUGUCCUGGCAAAUCUGUGCACUCACCCAUUGGGGUUAGUGAGAUGGUAUUUAACUCCUUUGAUUUCAUUCUUUUUCUUUCUUUUGGGAGGUAGAAGAAUUUACAAAUUCCUUUCAAAAAUUGCUUACAGGGUGCUUGCUGGGACCUCAGGUUAACCUUCACAAUCCAGGUGUCUGUUCUGUUUUAAAAAUUCAAAUGCAUAGCUCUGUGUAUUCUUUAGGUUUGUUUCCAUUGUCUUUAAAUGAAGGUUCCAGAUAAUAUAUAACAUAAAUUUUAAAUACCUUCCAGUACAAAUAUGUAGGAGAUAUAAGAGAUGUAAUUGAUAAUUUAAUUAUUCUUUUUUCCUGUGUGGUUGAAAAAAACAAUCAAGUUUACCAAAUCCAAUUCAGCAGCUUCCCUAACUAGAAGAUUUCCCUCUGUCUCUAAAACCUAAUACCUGUGAACUCGCUAAUAUCUUCCAAAAUUAAGCCAAGGACACAAAAAGCAUCAGCUUCAUCUGGCCCUGUCUUUUGACUAGUCUGUAGUAGUUGUCCAUCCACAGAGUGGGUCUAGAGCUCUAGCAAAAAUAAAAUCAUGUGCUUGACUUUAUUAUGUUGUGUACAGGAAAAGUAGGUGGGUGAGAUAAAAUAGUCUAGCUCUAAAAUUACUAAAAAUAAGUACUUGCAUUUAGCUUUUCUUCUCUUUUGUAGAGCAUUGAAAAAAAUGCUACUCCUUAUGGAACAAUUCACAGUAUAUAGUUCUUAAAACUGUAAUCUGAGAAUAAGAGAGAGUACCUAAAAAAGGAAUAUAAUUAAAUUUUAACCAAAAUCCCACAUAGCAGCACUGAUCUUAAACUGUCUAUAUGAAGUGUGGGGUAGUGGUUUAAGUGAUGCUACCUUUAAUACUGAAAUUAAUAGACUUUUCUACAAUUUCUAGGUUUGGCUUUCACCUUUUAUAUAAACUAUAGAUGAUAUCCCUUUAAAACUCAGGUGCAGAUGUGACAGAACCAAAAGAUGACUUCCCUUUUGUAUUAACCUUUGUGUUACAAGAAUAUAUUUGUUCUGAAAAGCCUUGGCAAUUUCUCCAUUAAAGAACAGGCUGCUUUUCAUUCAGCAGUUUGCUAUUCUAUUACUGCAGAAACUGUCUAUUUACCACGGAAGGGUAUAAUGUGACUUAAAGAAGAUGGCUCAAUCCUGUUUGGUAGGAUCGGAGGGGGUGGUGAACACUGGACAUUUGCUGAGAGAAACUGUGUGAAGCAUAGCAUCUGUUUUCUGCGGAGGGCUGGCGUAGCGAGGGGCACCACUGCAUCCUCCGAGGUGCAACGCGUGUGCCUGUGUGUGUGUGUGUGUAUGUGUGUGUGUGUGUGUGUGUGUCGGCGCAGUGGCUGCUGCUGCGGAAUUCCGGGGAUGAAUUACUUGGUGUGCACAACUGAAGGUGUCAUUCGCUCCACUAAAGCAGCGCGGCAUGCGCUGCCACUAACCUGAGAGAGGCAGCCUGCGGCUCUUCAUGACAGCUAGAGGUGGAAGGACCCCAACUUGCGGUCCUCCCCCCACCCCCAACAGAUCCUUAGUCCAUUCCUUUAUAGUGGUUCAUUUGGCUCUCUGUCAUCGCCAGAAUGCUGCCCGUGAAUGUGUGUCAUGGUUACAAUAGAGUGUGGUAACACAUAACAGCAAUGAAAGCCCAGCGGGAAAGGCUACAAAUUCCAGGGCUGACCUUGGAUCUCACCCCAAGGAGCCUGAGCCCAACCCCAACAAGCCCCUGCAGUCCAUGCAGUCCUCUGUUCGCUUUUCAUUUUUGGAGCUGUAGAACAAGUAACAGGAAGAGUUUGAUGGGCAGUAGUCAGUCUCCAGCUCUGCCUCGGCCUCAUUCACCACUCUCAGCUCAUACAGGAAACAGUCCUCAAGAUAGCCCUAGGAAUUUCUCUCCCAGUGCCUCAGCCCACUUUUCUUUUGCACGAAGUCAUGGACAUCGAAAUGACAGGACUGAUGGUCGCCGCUGGUCUUUGGCUUCUCUCCCUUCUUCUGGCUAUGGUACAAAUACACCCAGCUCAACUGUUUCUUCAUCCUGCUCAUCCCAAGAGAAGCUACACCAGUUACCAUACCAGCCAACACCUGAUGAACUACAUUUUUUGUCUAAACAUUUCUGUACCACUGAAAGCAUUGCCAGUGAUAACAGGUGCAGGACGACUGCAAUGCGCCCUCGGUCCCGAAGUCUCAGCCCUGGACGUUCUCCUGCUUGCUGUGACAAUGAAAUAAUUAUGAUGAACCAUGUCUACAAAGAAAGGUUCCCAAAGGCUACGGCUCAGAUGGAAGAGAGGCUUCAGGAUAUUAUAACAAAUCAUUCUCCAGAGAACACCCUUCCUCUGGCAGAUGGAGUGCUCAGUUUUACCCACCAUCAGAUCACAGAACUGGCUCGAGAUUGUUUGGAUAAAUCUCACCAGGGCCUCAUCACAUCACGAUACUUCCUUGAAUUACAGCAGAAAUUAGACAAAUUGCUACAGGAGGCGCAAGAGCGAUCAGAGAGUGGAGAAAUGGCAUUCAUUAAACAACUUGUUCGCAAAAUCUUGAUAGUUAUUGCUCGCCCUGCUCGCUUACUGGAAUGCCUGGAAUUUGAUCCUGAAGAGUUUUACUAUCUUUUGGAAGCAGCUGAAGGCCAUGCUAAAGAGGGGCAAGGCAUUAAAACAGACAUCCCUCGAUACAUUAUUAGCCAGCUGGGCUUAAAUAAAGAUCCUCUGGAAGAAAUAGCUCAGCUAGCUAAUUGUGACAGUGGGACAGCAGACACUCUGGAAGCGGAAGAAUCAAUAAAUAGCUCUAAUACCUCGCUGAAGCUGCAGAGGAAACCUCGGGAAAGUGAUUUUGAAACAAUUAAACUGAUUAGUAAUGGAGCUUAUGGUGCGGUUUAUUUUGUGAGACACAAAGAAACCAGACAAAGAUUUGCCAUGAAGAAAAUUAAUAAGCAGAAUCUCAUCCUCCGAAACCAGAUUCAACAGGCCUUUGUUGAGCGUGAUAUCCUGACAUUUGCAGAAAAUCCAUUUGUUGUCAGCAUGUAUUGCUCCUUUGAAACAAGACGUCAUUUAUGCAUGGUCAUGGAAUAUGUAGAAGGUGGAGACUGUGCUACUUUGAUGAAGAAUAUGGGUCCCUUACCUGUAGACAUGGCAAGGAUGUACUUUGCAGAGACUGUUCUGGCCUUGGAAUACCUUCAUAAUUAUGGAAUUGUACACAGGGAUUUGAAACCUGACAAUCUGUUGGUAACAUCCAUGGGCCAUAUAAAGCUUACAGACUUCGGCCUGUCAAAAGUGGGGCUAAUGAGUUUGACUACCAAUCUGUAUGAGGGUCACAUUGAGAAGGAUGCCAGAGAAUUCCUCGACAAACAAGUCUGUGGUACACCUGAAUACAUAGCUCCUGAAGUGAUACUGAGACAGGGUUAUGGAAAACCAGUGGAUUGGUGGGCUAUGGGAAUUAUUCUUUAUGAAUUUCUUGUUGGAUGUGUGCCAUUCUUUGGAGAUACACCAGAAGAGCUCUUUGGACAAGUAAUCAGUGAUGAAAUCAACUGGCCUGAAAAGGAUGAAGCACCACCUCCAGAUGCCCAGGAUCUGAUUACUCUGCUACUUAGGCAAAAUCCUUUGGAAAGACUGGGAACAGGUGGUGCAUAUGAAGUAAAGCAGCAUCAGUUCUUCAGGAGCCUUGACUGGAAUAGUCUGCUGAGGCAGAAAGCAGAAUUUAUUCCACAGUUGGAGUCUGAAGAUGACACAAGUUAUUUUGACACUCGUUCUGAGAAAUACCACCAUAUGGAAACUGAGGAAGAAGAUGAUACCAAUGACGAAGAUUUUAAUUUGGAGAUAAGACAGUUCUCCUCAUGUUCACACAGAUUUUCGAAAGUUUUUAGUAGUAUAGAUCGAGUCACUCAAAUUCAAGGUGAAGAAAAGGAUAAUGCAGGAGACAAAACAAAAAGCGUAGCAUUGCCUUCUGUGGAAUCUUUAAGCUGGAGUUCAGAAUAUUCUGAAAUGCAGCAAAUAUCUACAUCCAUCUCAUCUGAAACUGACAGUAGCCGGCAACAACGCAGUUCUGGUUUGCUUCCAAAAUUGUCUGUAUCAGCUGAAGGAGAACAGGAUGAUUCCACCAGCUUACAGGGACCCCGGGAGGAACAGGAAAAGUCUGCAUUUGUGAGUGAUGAAAUAGUGCAAGAUGAAGCUGAAGUAACCACCCCAGCAAGUACAAUCAGCAGCUCCACACUCUCAGUUGGAAGUUUCUCAGAACACUUAGAUCAAAUAAAUGGAAGAAGUGAGAGUGUGGACAUUACAGAUAACUCCUCAAAGCCAUCUGGUGAGGUUGCAUUUCACAUGGCUCGACAGCGAUUGGAAAGCACAGAGAAAAAGAAGAUCUCUGGAAAAGUCACAAAGUCCCUUUCUGCAAGUGCUUUGUCCCUCAUGAUCCCAGGAGAUGUGUUUGGUGUUUCUCCUUUGGGAAGUCCUAUGUCUCCUCAUUCCCUAUCAUCUGACCUUUCAUCAUCCCGAGAUUCAUCUCCCAGCCGUGAUUCAUCAAUUGCUGCUGCAAGUCCUCAUCAGCCGAUUGUAAUUCACAGUUCAGGGAAAAAAUAUGGCUUUACCAUCCGAGCAAUCAGGGUUUAUGUGGGUGACAGCGAUAUCUACACUGUGCACCACAUUGUUUGGAAUGUGGAAGAAGGAGGUGCAGCUUACCAAGCAGGUUUAAAAGCUGGAGACCUGAUUACUCAUAUCAAUGGAGAGCCAGUGCAUGGUCUUGUUCAUACAGAAGUCAUUGAAUUGUUAUUAAAGAGUGGCAACAAAGUCUCAGUAAUGACAACUCCUUUUGAAAACACUUCCAUCAAGACAGGACCUGCCAGGCGGAACAGCUAUAGGAGCCGGAUGGUUAGGCGCAGUAAGAAGACCAAGAAGAAGGAGAGCUUAGAGAGGAAAAGAUCUCUCUUCAAAAAGCUGGCAAAGCAACCCUCACCUCUUCUUCAUACAAGCAGAAGCUUUUCCUGCCUGAACCGAUCACUUUCUUCAGGGGAGAGCUUGCCUGGGUCUCCAACGCACAGCUUAUCUCCUAGAUCUCCUACCCCAAGCUACCGUUCCACUCCUGAUUUUCCAUCAGGUACUAACUCUUCCCAGAGUAGCUCCCCUAGUUCCAGUGCUCCCAAUUCUCCAGCUGGUUCAGGGCACAUAAGACCCAGCACUCUUCAUGGCUUGGGUCCAAAGCUUGGUGGGCAAAGAUACAGAUCAGGAAGGCGCAAAUCAGCUGGCAGCAUUCCCCUUUCUCCUCUCGCACGGACACCUUCUCCGACACCCCAGCCAACAUCUCCUCAGCGAUCUCCAUCACCAUUGCUGGGACAUUCGAUUGGAAAUACAAAAAUAGCUCAGUCUUUUCCUAGCAAAAUGCACUCACCUCCGACUAUUGUGAGGCAUAUUGUCAGACCAAAGAGUGCAGAGCCACCAAGAUCUCCACUGUUGAAGAGAGUCCAGUCUGAAGAGAAACUUGCACCCUCUUAUGGCAGUGAUAAAAAACACUUAUGUUCACGAAAACACAGUCUGGAAGUGACCCAGGAAGAAGUGAAUAGAGAAUUGUCUCAAAGAGAAGUAACUCUUCAGAGCUUGGAGGAGAAUGUUUGUGAUGUGCCAUCGCUCACACGAGUCAGGCCUGCAGAGCAGGGCUGCUUGAAACGACCCAUCUCCCGAAAACUGGGUAGACAGGAAUCCAUUGAUGAGCUAGACAGAGAGAAGCUGAAGGUCAAGGUAGUUGUGAAAAAGCAAGAUUUUGUUGAAAAAGCAAAUGCUGCUAUACAUGAACCUAGCAGUGAACCAGAAAAUCCCAGUACCUUAAGACUGGAAGAAAGAGACAAAAAAGCAUUCCAGAAGGUAUUAGAAAGAUCAAACCAGUUUGAAACAAAAAUUGUUACUGUGGAGACCCAGGCAGCUGGUGGCAUACUCAAAGACACCCUUCAAAAGAAUGCAAACUUGAGAUCAAAUGAUGGUGUUGCUUUAGAUGGACAGAUGUGUCAUGGGCCUCCCCCUAAUGAACUCAGUCAUAUGUCUUAUGACUUCAAAAGAAUUCCUCCUUCAUGUACCCUGCAAGAUGUGCUACCUCAGUCCUCUGACAAGAUACUUAAUGGAAAGGGAGAAAACACAGAUAAAAUUGUACCAACAAAAGAAUUUGUCAAAUUUGAAAGAUUAGAUGGUAAACUUGCUAAUAUUGAUUAUCUCAGAAAAAAAAUGUCUAUUGAAGAAAAAGAUGACAGUGUCUGUCCAGUGCUAAAACCUAAGAUGACAUCUAAUGUUCAUGAAUGCCUUCAACUUAGUACAGGCAGACCUGGAAACAUACAGCAGGACUCCACUGCAGUUGCAGAUGGUAGAGCACUUAUUGGCAGUGCACAUGCUACUCAGAUGAACUCUGUUUCUUUUCUUCCUCUCAAGACCUUGAGUGGCCGAGCAGACAUGAGCGUGGAAAAACCAGCCCUUAUUUCUUCUGAAACUCCUGUCAGAAAAAGUCCUUCAGAAUAUAAGCUUGAUGGGAGGUCUGUUUCCUGUCUGAAGCCAAUAGAAGGCACACUAGACAUUGCGUUACUUUCUGGGCCACAGGCUUCGAAGAAUGAACUGUCUUUGUGUGUGCUGCCAGAAGGACAGAGCACCAGCAGUGAUGGGGGAUCUCCUAAACCCCCAGUGCCACAAGGGAGUGGUGGGAAGGCAGAAAUGAUCUCUCAGAAAGAGCAGUUGUUAAGCUACCCAAAAUCUGGCAAAGUCAACAUAGCAGAGCCUCAGGUUCUACAAGUAGGCAGGAGUUGUCCAAAUCCACCACCCAUCUCUGUAGCUACAGAAGCAGUGUCAGAGAAAAACGUUUCUAGUCUGGCCACUAAAGGCAGUAUUUCUGUUGUUGAAGCUGUUCAGAAGAAAGAUACCUCCCCUUCAAAACAAAAGGACCAUUCAAUGGAGGUAAAGUCUUGUGUUACUCAAAGUCAGAGUUUUAAAACUAGUCAAACAUAUUCCAAACCUUUUGCUGGCCAAAGUACUCCUCAAAAAGCUGUAGGAAAAGAUAAGCAAAUUCAGAAAGAGUUGCCUGUCAAACAGCCAGUAUCCCAGAGAAGUUGUGAGCCUAUCCCUGCAAAGGUAGAAGUGAUCAGGGAGUCAUCUCUGAUGGUUUCUGUCUCAGAUGUCCUGAUAACAACCUGCUCCAAGAGCAAUGAAAAAAGUUGUGCUGAUUUUGCCAUUCCACCUGAGAUGCAAGGAAAAACACAGUCAUCUGGCCCCAAGGCACAACCUAAGGAUGGCAGAGAAUCACUGAAACAGCUAGGCAAAGAUGACAACAGUGUUUCUAAAAGUUUUGUGGAAAGGGAAAUAACUAAGCAGAAAGCUGAGUCUAAGGAAGUUGUAACAGAAGCAAAGAGUGAUGCUCUUCCAUCCAAAUGGCCCGUGCAGCCCUCAAGAGACUGUGAUCAUAAAAUUGCACCAGUUUCUUCUGUGCAGAAGGACAGUGCUAAAGACAUGGGAAAGAAAGAUCAGAAAUCACUCACCGAUACAAGGCUACAUACUAGUGAGAGAGAGCAGUCCAUCCAAGUUCCUCGGCAGCAACUUAACACUUCAGGUUCCCCUGAUGUGAAAGAGGCAGUAAGCAAAUACAGCACUAUGGAAGUUCAUGGAGGCGUUCAAGAACAGUUGAAGCCUGCUGCCACCUGUGUGGAAAGCAGCAGUAAUAAACCCAGACCAGCCUCUGAUACAAGUUCCUCCAAGUCUAAGUCCUUGGAUAAACAGACAUUGUCGCAAAAAACAUGUGCUCCAACCAUAAAGGAAAAAGAAAUUGUUACUCACUUGUCUGCCAGCUCCCGGACGGAUGGAAAGCAUGCCAGUAAAAGUGUCCUAGAUCACCUUUCUCCUGCUCCAGGCUCUUCAAGAAGAAUGAACAUUGAACAUGUACAGGCUGAAAGGCCUGUGGUUGUGGACCAUGGCUCAGUCACCACCCUCCAAAUGAGGAGCACAGCCCCUGACACCAAACCCAAAUCCUCUGCUGCGGGCCCACUACCAGCAGGCCCAGAGAGCUCCAAGCCGAUACAGAGGCAAGAAGCAGCAGGCUUGGGGGAAUCUGCUGAUCAAAAGCAACUUAGUUUCAGUGAAAGACAAACCACUGCUCCAAAGUUUUCCACUGUGAAAGACUGUCUCUCACUGAACAAAGAGGCAGAGAGAAGUCCUAGUAAUGAGAUGAUUGCUGCAGACAAAAGACCCGAAGGAAAAAUAUGCACUGAUGCACUUUACAUUCAGCUUGACAGUGGGAAAGUGGAGCCUACCCUUUGUCUCACAGCCUGUGAUGUCAAAGGGAAAGGAGCAGAAAAGGCAACCACAAGUAGCAAAAUCUCUCAAGAUAUAAAAGGGAAGGGACAAGUUAAUCAGAAACAGCCAGAGAAUGCAAACAAGCAGACUGCAAUAAAACAUCUGCCGGCUCCUAGUGGGCAAAGUUCUUGUCGUGUGGCUGCAACACCGAGAAAGCCACUGACUUGUUCAUCCAAUUUCUCUGAAUGUAGACAGGAAGUAUCUGUUUCAUCUGUUUCAGCCAAAAGUGAGGCAUCUUCAGCAAAGCUUAAACCAGGCUCAUCAGAGCUUCCUGCAACUUGCAAGGAACUAAGUAAGAGAAGCACCUCUUCCACAGGGAGCAGUAAGGCAGAAAUGACUAAGAGUGUUUCACUGAUGGCCUUGCACAGUGCCGCUAUUGUAGCAGAAGCCCACCACCCUGCUUCAAACCUUGGGGGGAAACCUGGAAAUCAAGAAAAGCCUCUUUUUAUUAACACUGUGGAUGUAAAGGGAAAAGAUACUGUUCUGACUCAGCAGUCUGCUUCAAGAAAACAGAAUGUAAGUAAAGAUUUACCUAGGUCAGCAGCCACACCUGACCGCCCUAACGCACUUUCAGAUGACAAAGACUCAGCUCGGCAGCGUCGAGGAAAGGAAGUUUCACGGAGCAGUGCUCACAAAAAAACCUGUUAACUCUAAGACCUGGCAAGUGUGUAUUCAGCACUAGCUGAAACAAUUUCAAUAUGUUGUACUGCCUUUAAACCAGCACUGUGUCGUGUCUUUGUGCUGCAAAGCUUUCUGUCACUGAAGAAACAAUACAAGGGGAUAUGUAAAGAGAGGACUUUUUUUCAAAAUGCCUUUCCAAUUGUAACCGGUAAAACUGUUACCACAUAGUAUUUGUACAAAAAUACCUUUACAGCCUAGAGCUGUUGAAAAUACUUCUUCUGUAAAUACUUAGCAAUGUGUUUGGGGUUUGAAUGUAGCAUAUAUACUUUGCUGCUGGUUGCGUUGUUUACUCUUUCCCUUUUUAAGAUAGUUGCUUUGCCACGUAUUUGCCAUACUCGAAUAUGAAACCAAAUUACUAAAAUUCAGAGCUGGCAUGGACAUGCACAAGCAUUGGUCUGACUGGGAAAAAAAAAAAAAAAAACAGGCCACAUUUUUGUGAUCUAACUAACUAAAAAUCCUAGAUAGAGGCUAAAAAAUACUAGUACAGAAUAAUACGGUGACCUGUUGUGAGUUUUUACAUGUAUUUUUAAUAAUCUGAUUUUGAUAGUACUGUACUUGGCUGAGUGCUUCACCAGAUCUAACACAAGAAAUAACUGCAUCUCCCUGCUGCAUAAAGUCUGAGUAGAGUAGAUGUCCUUAAAACUAUGGGAAGACCACUUAAUUAUCAGGGCAUCCCAGCAGGAGUUGUGUUCUCCGGUGAAACAAUGGUUCUUGUCUUGUCUUUUGGGAGUGUAUUGUGUGACUUUCACCUCAGACAAGGCUGAAAUUCUGAAGCACAUGCCAUAUGCUUAGUUUUUUGCUGCAAUCCUCUCAAGUUCCUUGAGCUUUUUUAAAUUCAGGCCCUUACAGUGGGAGGCUCAAGUAUAAGCACAUGACUGGUAGUACUAGUAUGUUCAUCCCUGUUCUUAAUACAUUUAGAGAAUAUGUAUUAUGGCAUAUAAGUCUGUUUAAUUAGUGUCAUACAGCUCGUAGUUGUUUUCUAUUUCAUGACAAGUAAGGUAAAAAGGAAAAAUACACUUCGGUAUCAUAUCCUCAGAAAAGUUUUGGUUAUCUGACACAUUUUCAUACAUAGCUGGGGCCUUAUGUUUUAGACCUAACUUGCUGUUUUUAGCAAGUAAUCCUGGGUUUCAUGUUCAUUUUGAGAUGCAUUAAGUAGCUCCAUACAUUUCAUAACAUAAUCUUUUUAUUUGUAUGCAAAAAAAAUUCAAUACUGUAAUUAUAAAAGAAGCAUUUUUUAACAAAGGAACUUGGAGCUAUUUGGUGCUAGAAUGUUACUGUCUUUUUACUUUUGCUAAGCCUUAUUUAAAUUUUGUAUACAGUGGAACAUGUAGACUUUGAUCAUUUUUGUGUGGAGUAUUUAGCUUGUUUUGAGGGAUGAAAGGUAAAAUUUGAAACAUGUACAGAAGCACUACGACAUACCCUUGCAGGCGCAUGGGUUUUAAUAAUUGGGGAUCAAUAGAAUGGUCGUUUUGCUUAUUUCUGUUUUCUGUAGCCACAGUAGAGCUAGGCCCCUACAUUUUUCACCAAUGCUUAUGGUUUGUCUUUUUGUCUCAAAAGCUAGAAAAUUUUUUUGUGAAAGCACAGUGUAAUCUUGACUUGGAGACUUGUGUGACAACAGACAGUGUGCAGAAUUCAUUUCCCUCUGCUGAAAACUUCAUUAUACUGAUUUGUUGAGUUGGAUUACAGCAAACCUGUAAGGAAAAUCCAGUAUCACAAACAGCUCCUGAUUUUACAUGUGGCACUAGAACACUAAUACUGCUUUUGAUGCAUUCAGAAAGGAGCUAGUAAGCAGUGGAUAAUCAUUUUUGAGAAGUCUUAAAAAGAAAAUGGUCUCGACAUUUACAGUUCAUCUGUGCUUUGGCAGUUAAUACAAAUGAAUGCUAAUGCACUUCAAAACAACAUUUCUGUCUGGGAGAUAUUUCCUAGUUUACAGUCUCUGCGUUUUUUCAGCUAUUCUCUUGUUUCUUUUAAAACCCAUCUAGCUUUUGUUUACAGUAUACCUUUAUGAAUAUUUUGUAUUAUCACUUCUGACAAAUAAGUUCUUUGCAUUUUGGAAGUGUAACAGUGCAUAAGCUUGUGUUUAUGUAGUAAUUGUUUGUUGGUGUUUACCUUAUAAGUGAGCUGUUAGAGGUCCUCCUGCCUGUGUUCUUCUUGGUCAGUCUUAAUGUGAUUAUAGAUCUGAUGUGUUCUUUUGUAGACUUCCUGCAGUAGAUUUCUCAGCUUACAAAAAAAUUUUAAAAGUUAAAAAAAAAUUGUUAGGGUCUGUGCAAUAAAGUGUUUGCAGUCUUAUUUUCUCUGAGAAACUCCUUAUGGAUGUCAUAAUUGUUAUAUAUUGAACACAGUUAUUUAUACUUAUGCAGUUGCAUAACAUUGAAAUAAAAAUUCAGCAUGAAA